UUGAUGGUAAUGAACGUCUCUAUAUUACCUGAACGCGGAUGUGUGAAAAUAAUAAAAGUGGAUAUGAAAACAUUUUUAUAUCAAACCGAAAUCAUACAAAAUACGUGUGUUCAUGUUGAUACUAAUUAAACAACCAAACUAUUUUAUUUUCCAAAAGAAAAACAAAUAUAAGUGUAAAAACCGCUUGGAAUGUUAAAAGAUAACGCGCUUAGGAGGAAUAAUUGAGACGUGUGAAGAAAUAUGAAGCGAACGCAAAUCAGCGGAUUCGCAGUAACGGCUAUACAACUUUUUAUUUUAAUAAUCAACGUUAAAUCAUCAUCAUGUCAAGACGAUUUUCGCUUAAACUCUCCUCCGAUUCUUGUUGUACCCGAUCGAAACUGGCGAAUAAUGGAAAAUGAACCAAUCGGACAAAUUAUUACUCGAAUUCGUGCUGAUGAUUCCGAAAAUGAUGAACUAGUAUUUGGUCUUGAAUCCCAAUACAAUUCAACAAAAAUUCCAUUUCGAAUUGAUCCCAUCGGUGGGGUAGUAUAUUUAAGUGAUAGUCUUGUUGGACGAGGCGGUGAAAAAUUUUUUCUAUAUGUAACAGUUACUGAUGGUCAGCUAACAGCAAAGAAUGAAGUUUACGUGAAUAUCUUAAGUGCAAAUGAUAGAAAAAAUCGCAUCUCUAAACCACCGCCCCCAACAUCACAUGUCGUUCAAAACAUAUCGGAGUUUCUACCGUCAUUUCAUAGUCUACCGGGCGUCCAAUCAAUCAGAAAUCACGUACCAAACAGUAGACCAAACCUACCUGCUGGGUUCAACGAAAACAACUUUUCACCAACAUCUGUUUACAACUAUCCAAAUCAAAAGAUACCAGAAUGGUUUCUAAACGGAAAUGCUAAAUACGAUGUAGAUAACGAAGAUAAUUUGGGAAAUAGAAAUGAAACCAACACCUCGAUAACAUCUCCGACAAUUUCAAAAUCUACAGGUCGAACUAAACUCACUGUAAUUGUUCCACAUAAUUCUACAAUAUUGCCAACGUCACCAAACGCAACACCUGGCGUGCAUACGAGCGUCGAAUCAAGUGAUAGUUCAGUUGUUCUAACCAAUAGUGGUGGGAACAAGGAACCAUACGAUUAUCGUUCACAAAUUGUUCUGAGUAUUUUUGUCUCGUGUGGACUGUUUAUUGCUUUUGGUAUUGCAAUGGCUGUCAUGUAUCGCAAGCGCUUAUGCGCGUUUGCAAAAGCCUCUACAAAAAAAUCGAAGGAGGAGAUGGCCAAAACAUCGAAUCAGAGUAAUUUUAGCACGAGUAGUACAACUGUUGACAGUCGCAAUUCGAUGGUUUUGAAUCAAUGGAAUGGUCCUAUAGCUUAUGGCAACCGCUACGUACCAUGGGAGAGAGGAGAUCUAUCUCAGCAGGAUCAACAACAGCAGCAUGAAGCACAACCAAUUGCAACGUCACAGCUUUCAACAAGUAUGGGAAGUAUUAGAGCCACUAGUUCUGGUAGCGCUGGUGUAGCAGGUGUUAACGCAGUUACCAUUUCAAACAAUCAAAAAAGUAAGAUUGAUCAUUGGGAGUAUCCCAGGCAUCGAUUGAAGUUCUUUAAUAUAUUGGGCGAAGGUGCAUUUGGCCAGGUGUGGCGCUGUGAGGCAAUAGAUAUUAAUGGACAUGAAGGAAAUACCACAGUUGCAGUGAAGACUUUAAAAGAAAAUGCCACGGAAGUGGAGAAAAAGGAUUUAUUUUCAGAGCUUGAGGUCAUGAAGUCCUUAGAACCUCAUGUCAAUGUGGUACGGUUUUUGGGAUGUUGCACUGACAAAGAUCCUAUCUUUGUCAUAAUUGAAUACGUUAAUAGAGGAAAAUUGCAGUCUUAUUUACGAUCUUCCAGAGCAGAACGGCAUUACGGAAACACUCAUGGAAAAUCUAAUAUCUUGACAUCAGCUGAUUUAACAUCGUUUAUGUACCAAAUUGCCAAAGGAAUGGAUUACCUUUCAUCGCGGGGAAUUAUACAUAGAGACCUGGCGGCCCGAAACAUACUCAUCACAGACAACCACACAUGUAAAGUGGCUGAUUUUGGGUUUGCACGUGAUGUUAUUACAUCGAAGAUAUAUGAAAGAAAAAGUGAAGGGAAACUGCCAAUUAGAUGGAUGGCUAUUGAAUCUCUGUAUGACAAUUUGUUCUCCGUCAAAUCCGACAUUUGGAGUUUCGGCAUUCUGAUGUGGGAAAUUGUAACUUUAGGUUCAACACCUUACCCUGGAAUAUCAGCUUCAGAAGUUAUGCGCAAGGUACGCGAUGGAUACAGGUUGGAAAAGCCAGAACAUUGCCGCCGUGAACUUUACAACAUAAUGUAUUAUUGUUGGUCGCAGGAUCCAAGUGACAGACCAUUGUUUGCAGAACUGGUACAGAUGCUCGACAAGCUAUUGCACACUGAAAUGGAUUACAUUGAGUUGGAACGAUUCCCAGAUCACAACUACUACAACAUUAUUAACUUAAGUUGUGAAAAGGUCUAAAUUGAUGUUAUUAUAAUUUAUAAAUUAAAAAUAAAAGUUAAUUUAAAUAA